AUGACACUUGCAUUAAAACGGGAGAGAUACAAUUUUUUUAACAGUCUUGCUAUUUUGUUGAAAGCUGUUGAAAAUGAACGUACGACUAUAGAUCUUCGAAAUGAAGCAUCAAUUUACGGGAUCGUAGAACAGGCAGACGCUUUCAUGAAUGUCGUAAUGAGGAAUUGCGUCUUCACAGAUCCUAGAGGGGAUUCGUACAGUUACGACAUGUUUUUCGUCCAGGCAAGAAACAUCCGUUUCGUUCAUAUUCCGCCAAAAAUACGUAUUAUACCAGCUAUCAAGGAACAGUUGCAACAUUUACUAAGGCACAAGUUGGAUUUAAAACAUACGAAACGUACAGUGAGAACAAAACGUGUUGAACAAAGGCAACGAGAAGGAUUAGCUGCAGUGGAGAAAAUUUUAGAAGAUAGAAAAAAAGCAGAGCAAAGUUUGAACAGAAAUGAAACUAACUAA